AUGAGCGACCUCAUCCCAACAGAGCCAGCCGGCCACAGCGCGCGAGUGUGCGUGGAGGUACUGUCAGCGCGCGGCCUCCGUAACAAGCGGCGGAAGCUCCCCUUCGCGCGCAUGAGCCCCUGCGCGCUCGUGUCCCUCCCCGCCCGCCCCUCCUGCUGGAUAGCCUUGCCGCCUGCCGUCAACGGCGGGCGAAACCCUAAUUGGGGCGGCGGGCCGCAAUUUACGGCGGAAUUUGCGGUGAAUGACCUGCUGCUCCGCGUAGAGUCGUCUCCGCAGCAGCCGUGUACCUCUUCCUUCCCUUCCGAGUCCUCCUUUCCCGCUUCUCCCAUGUCCUCCGCUUCCGCCGAUUACAAAUCUACUGCCUCAACGUUCCCCUCCCCCGCCUCCUCCGCCGGCGCAGCAUCCUUCCCCCCCGCGGCACUUCCCCCCCACGCGCUCGCGCAAGUGCGCGUGGAGCUUUUCAGCUCCGCCUCGUUGCGCAAGUCGCUCGGCGCGGCCACCCUGGUGUUGGACGCGGCGCUCCGCCGACCGGGGGAGUGGCAGAGCGCGCAGCUGCCAGUGAUGCGCGCGAGGCGCAAGAGGGCGAAACAGAGAGGAUGGUUGACGGUGCGCGUGAGGGUUGGGGGGGUCGCAGAGGCGGGGAGGGCUGAAGGGGGAGCAUCGUGCUGGCAGCCGCCGCUAGCACCCAUCCCGUCGUUCUACACCCACAUAGGGACUGAGCCCAGUGCUGACGUGGAUGGUGCUGACGUGGACGGUGCGAGAAGAGAGGGCGCAGCAGGUCCAGCUGUUGCAGUGUAUCCCCUGCCCAACCCUGGACCAUACACCCAAUCAGCCAGCAGCACUCACCCGUACACAACCUAUGCGGGGCCGACUAAUCCCCCUGGGCCAUGGUACCCCUCGUUACAAGCAUCCCCAGUGACAGCGUACAAGCACGGGAAGCACGGGCAGAAGAGGAGGGGGCCUGGCAGGGCGGGGAUGGGUGCAGGCUUGGCGCUGGGGGCACUGGGUGGGCUGUUGGUGGGGGAUGCCAUUGGGGAUGGGUUGGGAGAUGCUGGAGGAUUCGAUUUCGGAGGGUUUGGUGACUUCGGCUUUUGA